AUGCCGACCGGUGGUUCGGCGGUGGUGAACGGGUUGAAGAGAGACAGUUCCGACACAGACUUGGUAAUUUCAGGUCUCUCGGGCCGUCUGCCCGAGUCGGAUACUAUAGAAGAGUUCGCACAGAAGCUGUUCGAUGGAGUGGACCUCGUCACAGCCGACGACAGACGUUGGACGCCCGGUCUCCAUGGACUACCAGAACGAAAUGGAAAAAUCAAAAGUUUGGCACAUUUCGACGCCACUUUUUUUGGCGUCCACGCAAAACAAGCACACGUCAUGGAUCCACAGCAGAGGUUACUGCUCGAGGUGACGUAUGAGGCGAUCGUGGACGCCGGCCUGAACCCGACCGAGCUGCGAGGCACACGCACCGGUGUUUUUGUUGGCGUCUCCAACUCCGAAACCGAUGAAAUAUGGACACUCGAACCAGAUAAGGUCGACGGAUACGGCAUCAUUGGCUGUUGGCGCACUAUGUUCGCUAACCGAAUAUCCUACACGUUCGACUUAAAAGGACCCUCUUACGCCAUCGACACAGCAUGCUCGAGUUCUCUGUUCGCACUCGCUCAAGCUGUGGGAGCAAUAAGAGCGGGACAUUGCGAUGCUGCAGUCGUGGCUGGUGCCAACGUCUGUCUCAAACCUGGAACAUCUCUCAACUUCCACCGACUGAGCAUGCUGUCGCCGGAGGGCCGGUGCGCCGCGUUCGACGCGGAGGGCCGCGGGUACGUGCGCUCGGAGGCCACCGUGGUGGUGCUGCUGCAGAAGCGCGGCCACGCGCGGCGCGUGUACGCCACGGUGCGCGGCGCGCGCAUGAACACCGACGGCCACAAGGAGCAGGGCAUCACCUACCCCGCCGGAGAGAUGCAGCGGCAGCUCGCCGCCGAGACGUUCCGGGAGGCGGGACUCAGGCCGCAGGACGUCGCGUAUGUCGAGGCUCAUGGCACAGGUACAAAAGCGGGUGAUCCACAGGAGGUUAAUGCUGUGACUGAACUAUUUUGUAAGAAUCGGAAAACUCCGCUGUUGCUGGGUUCCGUGAAGUCUAACAUGGGCCACGCCGAAGCUGCGUCAGGCCUGUGUUCUAUAGCUAAGGUAUUGGUCGCCAUGGAGAAGGGCGUCAUACCUGGAAAUUUGCAUUACAACAUACCCAAUCCUGAUAUUCCUAGCCUGGCUGACGGAAGAAUCAAGGUGGUGGACCGCAACACACCGUGGGAGGGCGGGCUGGUGGCGGUGAACUCGUUCGGGUUCGGCGGCGCGAACGCGCACGUGAUCCUGGAGUCGGAGCGCGCGCACGGCAAGCGUGAGAGUGCACGCGCGCCGUACGCGCUGCCGCGGCUGGUGGUCGCGUCGGGCCGCACCGAGCCCGCCGUGCGCGCGCUGCUCGAGCACGCCGCCGAGCACGCCUCCAACGCCGACCUGCACGCGCUGCUCGACGCCGUGCACGCACGCGCCAUCCCCGGCCACUCGCAUCGCGGCUACGCCGUGCUCGCUGACCCCCCGGUGCAGGAGAUCCUCCAAUUAGACAGCAGCGAGCCGCGACCGAUCUGGUUCGUCUUUUCGGGCAUGGGCUCGCAGUGGGCAGGCUGCGGGUGCAAGCUGAUGGGUCUGCCGACUUUCGCAGCCACCAUAGAGCGCGCAGCCGCGGCACUGCGCCCGCACAGCGUCGACCUGCUCUAUAUACUAACGGAGGCGCCGGAGUCUGCAUUUGAGGACGUUGUUUAUUCAUUCGUAUCCAUCACGGCCGUGCAAGUGGCGCUUGUAGAUGUGCUGAGGGAGAUUGGCAUUCGACCUGAUGGCAUUAUUGGACACUCUGCCGGGGAACUUGGUUGCGCGUACGCAGACGAGACACUGACGGUGGAACAGGCGGUAUUGUUGGCGUACUGGCGCGGACGCAGCAUCGUAGACGCUGUUCUGCCGCCGGGCGCGAUGGCCGCCGUCGGCCUCACGUGGCAGCAGUGCGUCGAGCGCUGUCCGCCCGACGUCGUGCCGGCCUGCCACAACGCCGCGGACAGUGUCACCGUGUCCGGCCCCGUGCCAUCAAUUGAGAGGUUCGUGGCAGAACUGAACGCGGACGGUGUGUUCGCGCGGCGUAUCAAUAGCAGCGGUAUGGCAUUCCACAGCAAGUAUGUCACGGGGGCUGUGCCGCUGCUGCGCACGCGGUUCGGAGCCGUAAUUCCUAAUCCGAAACCAAGAUCUGCGCGGUGGAUCUCCACCUCUGUACCCAAGGACCAGUGGAACUCAGAGCUCGCGAAACUGAGCAGCGCGGAGUACCAAGUGAACAACUUGGUGUCGCCGGUGCUGUUCGCGGAGGCGCUGGCGGCGGUGCCGGCGCGCGCGCUGGUGGUGGAGGUGGCGCCGCACGCGCUGCUGCAGGCGGUGCUGAAGCGCGCGCUGCCCGCGGCCGCCGCGCACGUGGCUCUCGUUCGUCGCGACCACCCCGACACCCUGCUCUACUUGCUCUCCGCCAUCGGCAAAAUGUACGCGGCGGGAGCGCAACCAGCUGCUGGGCGGCUUUAUCCCGCGGUUACGUGGCCCGUGUCGCGCGGCACGCCGGGGCUGGCCUCACAUGUCCGCUGGGACCACUCCAUCGAGUGGAAUGUUGCACACUUCGGCACCGUAUCGCGCUCAGGCGAGAACAUCGUCGAAGUUGAUCUGUCACGAGCUGAGGACGCCUACAUAGCAGGACACGACAUUGAUGGUCGAGUACUUUUCCCUGCUACUGGAUACAUGGUCCUCGUUUGGCGUACCGUAGCUAAACUUCACAACCAAAAACUCGAGGAGACCGCAGUUGUUUUUGAAGACUUAGAAUUUAAACAGGCAACCAUAAUAACGAGAAACACUCCUGUUCGGUUUCUAAUAAACAUUUUAGAUGGUACCGGUGACUUUGAUGUAUGUGAGGGAAGCAGUGUCGUUGUAACAGGUAAAGUGCGACUUGCAAAAGAACCGUCUGCCGACCGACUACAAACGCCAUUUUUUGCAACUGCUGAUGAACCAAACCUACUAUCUCUAGACACUAACGACAUAUACAAAGAAUUCCGUCUUCGGGGAUACAAUUAUAGUGGCGUAUUCCGUAGUAUUCUUAGUUCUGAUCCGAGAGGCACUAAAGGAGAACUUGCCUGGAAUGACAGUUGGAUCACCUUUACCGACGCAAUGGUACAAUUUGAAGUCAUCGGCAUGAAAUCUCGUCAGUUAUUUUUACCUACACGUAUACAACGCGCUCUCUUUGACCCGAUGGCUCAUCGAGCAGUUAGAGACGGCGUUGGGAAGUUGUUGUUGCAUCGUAAUGGAAAUAUCAGAGCAGUGAACUGUGGUGGUUUUGAAUUUCGAGGGAUCAAGAUGAAUCUCGCACCUCGACGUAUAAAUAUGCAGUCACAGCCAAAAUUAGAAAGAUAUACUUUUGUGCCAUAUAUUGAGAAUGACAUUAGUACCAAAAAACCAUUGCUCACAAAGCAUGAGGCUUUAACGGUCAGCUUGCAGUUAGUUUUAGAGAAUGUAUUUACGUUGAAUUUAAGAAUCACGGAGGCAGUGUUGGGUCGACCCGUGGAGGCGUUAAUAACACCACAGGCUUUACAGAUACUGGACAGCGAGCCGCAGGUACGCUUCGAAGCCAGUUUGGCUGCUGGCAGUAUGUCUGCAUACUAUGCGGCGGCUCUUCAAGAACUCGAUGUAAAGGUGACAUCGAAGGACGCGAGCGAGUGCGCGCCGGACAGCGAGUGCCAUCUGGUGGUGGCGGGCGGCGUGGCGUCGUCGCCUGACAGUGCGGAGGUGCUGGGCCGGCUGGCGGAGGCGCUGGCCGACGGCGGCAUGGUGCUGGUGGAGGAGGCGCACGGCGCGCUGGGGGCGGCGGCGGCGGAGCGGGCCGGCCUCGAGGUGGUGUCGCGGCAGGCGACCGCCGACUGCGAGUACCUGGUGCUGCGGCGGCGCGUCCCGCCGCCGGCCGAGCACGUGGUGGUGGAGGUGGAGGACGAGCGCUCGUACGGCUGGGUGGAGCCGCUGCGCGCGGCGCUGAAGCGCGCCGAGAGCGCGGCCGCGGAGCUGCGCGUGUACGCGGUGUCGCGCGCGGCCGGCGGCGGCGUGCUGGGGCUGGGCACGUGCCUGCGCGCCGAGCCGGGCGGCCGCGCGCUGCGCGUCUUCUAUCUGCCCGACUGCCGCGAGCCCUUCCAGCCCGCCGCGCCCCACUUCGCGGACCAGCUGCGCAAGGACCUGGCCGUCAACGUGCUGCGCGCCGGCGUCUGGGGCUCAUACAGGCACCUGCUGCUCGGCGACGCUGCCGAUGCGCGAAUUCAGGUGGAGCAUGCAUAUGUCAAUACUUUGACUCGCGGUGACCUAUCGUCGCUCCGUUGGAUCGAAAGUCCCCUGCGUUACGCCAGCGAGAAACAGUGGCCCGCGCAUACGGACUUGUGCAGCGUCUACUACGCGCCACUGAACUUCCGCGACAUUAUGUUGGCUACUGGCAAGUUACCGCCCGACGCGUUGCCGGGAAAUCUUGCUGGGCAGGAGUGUAUCCUGGGGCUGGAGUUCAGCGGGCGGUCGUCGCGGGGCGCGCGCGUGAUGGGCAUGGUGGCAGCGCGCGGGCUGGCGACCAGCGUGGUGGCCGACUCGGGGUUCCUGUGGGAGGUGCCCGCGGCGUGGUCGCUCGAGCAGGCGGCGACGGUGCCGGUGGCGUACGCGACGGCGUACUACGCGCUGGCGGUGCGCGGGCGCAUGCGGCGCGGGGAGGCGGUGCUGGUGCACGCGGGCACCGGCGGCGUGGGGCAGGCCGCCAUCGCGAUCGCGCUGCACGCCGGCUGCACCGUGUUCGCGACGGUGGGCACGCCCGACAAGCGCGCCUUCCUGCGCGAGCGCUUCCCGCAGCUGCGGGACGACCACGUCGGCAGCUCGCGCGACACCUCCUUCGAGCAGCUGGUGUUGCAGCAGACCGACGGUCGCGGCGUCGAUCUCAUACUCAACUCGCUCGCCGCCGACAUGCUGCUGGCUUCCGUGCGCUGUCUGGCCGAGGGCGGCCGCUUCCUUGAGAUCGGCAAGCUAGACCUCUCCAAUAAUUCUUCUCUUGGUAUGUCAAUCUUCCUGAAGAACACAACAUUCCACGGCAUCCUGCUGGACGCGCUGUUCGAGGCGUCGGCCGAGGACGCGGAGAAGGCGGCGGUGGUGCGCUGCAUGACGGAGGGCAUCGCCAGCGGCGCCGUCCGCCCGCUGCCCGCCACCGUCUACCACGACCACCAGCUCGAGCAGGCAUUCCGAUAUAUGGCAACUGGAAAGCACGUCGGUAAAGUAUUGUUACGUAUACGAGAGGAAGAGGGUGCUGCGUCGCGACCUGCUCCUAAACUGAUAUCUGCCAUCCCACGCACGUACCUGCACCCCACCAAGAGUUACGUAUUAGUAGGUGGUCUCGGCGGCUUCGGACUCGAGCUGGCGCAGUGGCUGGUGGUGCGCGGCGCCACGCGGAUCGUGCUGAACUCCCGCAGCGGCGUCCGCACCGGCUACCAGUCCAUGUGCAUCCGCAGGUAA